AUGAGUCAGGAAUCUGAAUAUAAGCGAGUAGAAUCGCGAAAUAAUCGAAUCUCAGAUGAUGUUGAUGAUGAUGGGAAGCGUCGAUCAUUGAUUCGACAAGCAACUGCAAUGCAACGAGAAAUUGAGUAUCAACAAGCAUUAUUCGAUAAAAUGACUGAACGAAAAGCUGCAUUACAAGAGCGUCGAAAUGAUUUAGAGAAACGGACAGCAGCAGGUAGUACAUUUUGUGAAAUAUAUUAUCAUGUGUUUAUAGCUAAUUCUAUUCGUUCUAGCUAACACAGCAGCAGAUCAUAGAGCAACCUUUUUGACUAGCGCUCGUGUAGACAAAUACGGUGGUAAAAGCAAACAUUAAUAAUGCAUAAACUAUAAUCAAAAAUGGGUUUGUUUCUAUAUUAUCCGUGGGUGUAUUUUAAACUUGGGACAUAUUCUAUUGUUCUUAGCCUACGUAACAGUUUUUUAAUAAAGCAAAAGCAGAGAUUGUCGAUAUAGUUUUAAAUUUAAUCAAUCGAACUCUGACUGGAUCAGAACUACGCACCAUAAGUUUCGCAACAGAAUUCAAGAUAUUUUUUUAAUUGAAUCACAAGCUUGCUGUUUUGCUAUUGAAUUAUUUAUGCACAAGGUCCGUAUGAUGUUCCUUUUUUUCCUAUCGCUGUUUGGAACAGGAAUACCUAAUUCCGCUACUUAAAAGUAGAAAGACAAAAUUUAAAACCGAGAUUGUGUGCAGCACUGCUAGACACAAGAGUCUGCAAACAUUUCUUCCGGAAGGCUGCAAAUACUUUUUCCGAACAAGAACUACGUGAACAAGCGAAGAGUUGAACAAUAUGCCAUUGACUGUGUUAAAGUGCGCUAUGCUUACAACGAAAAAUUAACCUUUAAAUUGCUAUUCUAAAAUCUCAAAACUUGGUUUUUGAGACGUUUUUCAGUAUUUUUCCGGGAAAAAUCUCAAAACAUUUCCCAAAAAGUUCCGCAGUGGAAUGACCUUGUGUACCUCUGGUAAAAUUUUAACUUGAUCGGAUGACAUUUAAGGGAGCUGUAAUGUGGCACAAUGAAAAACUGAUGAACGACAACAGUUGAAAACUUGAAACAAAAACGAAAAGUGCUUCAUUGAGUUUCCAAUCAGUUCUGAAAAUACGAAGCCCUAGCGACUUUUAGUUUUUAUUUCACAGCAUUUCUACAGAAAGCCCAAAAUGAGGGGAGGGAUACCCUUAAAUAACAAUGCAUUAAUUUUGCCCAAACAACGUUCAGAAUGGAUACACAAAACACGCUGCCUUGACUCUUUUGAUCUUACAUAAAAGCGCUUAAUUUUUCUUUCUUUCUGCCACACCAUCUAUAUAUAUAAAGAAGAAAGUUUGUUUGUUUGUUCUCUAUGCAUUCAGUCCCUGUAAGAGCUUAAGCAAGCAAAAUUUGCUUGCUCAAGCCCUUAUAGAAAUUCGAGGUCGAAUUUCCAGAAUUCUGGAAAAUCGAGGUUGAAUUUCCAAUUCGAUUUUCUAGAAUUAUGGAAAAUGCUCAGUGAUUUUCAAUCUGGAAAUUCCUCGGCGAUUUUAUAUAUGGA